AUGUUAGAUUGCAAACCGCUGCCAACUCCUGCUGUUGGUGGCUGUCGGUUAAGCUUGCAUGAUGGUGACCCGUUAUCUGAUGUUUUCGAGUAUCAUAGUGUGGUUGGGGCUCUUCAAUAUCUUACGUUCACAAGUCCAAACAUUGCCUUUUUUAUUCUUCGUUAUCUGAAGUCUACCUCUGAUGAUGGCCUUGUAUAUAAGCCUAGUUCGUUAAGUCUUACUGCAUAUGCUGAUGCUGAUUAUGCCGGUGAUCCUGAUGAUCGUCACUCUACUGGAGGUCCUGAUUAUUUCUCAUUGAAAAUGUUUGGUUGUACUUGUUUUGUUCUUCGUCCUCCUGUUGAACAUACAAAAUUAUCUGCUUGCUCUGCUAUGUGUGUUUUUCUUGGUUGUGGCGAAGGACAAAAAGGUUAUCGUUGUUAUGAUCCUAGUGCACAAAAAUUGUAUGUCUCUCGACAUGUGUUUUUUCUUGAGCAUAUUCCUUUUUUCUCCAUUCCUACUAGUUCUCCUACUUUAUCGAAUUCUGAGCUCAUGUAUAUCGAUCCUUUUUCACCUACUAAUGAUGAUUUCUCUUAUUCUAACAAUGUUAACAUUUCUCCUGUUUCUAGUUCCCCUUCUAAUCCUUGUGUUACUUCUCCUCCUAUUACUCAAGUGUAUUCUCGCAGGAAACAUGUCAUCAGUUCUGACACUAAUAAUCCUUAUUCUCCUUUGGUGCCUGCUUCAACUUCUGUGGAUGUGGAUCCAAUAGCACCUCGUUAUCCUUCGCGCACUCAUAAGCCCCCUCGUCAGUUUGGUUAUUCUUCUACUGAUUUUAGUUAUUCUUGUUAUUCUCAUGAUUUCUCUUCUUUCUUAUCUUCUAUACAUACUCUCUCUGAACCCACCUCCUACAAGGAGGCUAUAUGUAAUUCUCUUUGGCAACAGGCUAUGAAUGAAGAACUUUCUGCUCUGCAUAAAACUGGCACAUGGGAUUUGGUUCCUCUUCCUCCCGGUAAACAUGCAGUUGGAUGUCGAUGGGUUUAUAAAAUUAAGACUAAGUCUGAUGGUUCCCUUGAGAGAUAUAAGGCUCGUUUGGUUGCUAAGGGAUUUACACAGGAAUAUGGCCUUGAUUAUGAAGAGACCUUUGCUCCAGUGGCCAAGAUGACUUAUGUUCGUACUUUACUUGCUGUUGCCUCAGUUCAUCAAUGGAGUUUAUCACAGAUGGAUGUUAAAAAUGCUUUUUUGAAUGGGGAUCUUUUCGAAGAGGUGUAUAUGGUUCCCCCUCCAGGUGUUCUUCAUAAUCCUAGGGAGGUGUGUCGUUUACGAAAAGCUUUGUAUGGUCUUAAACAAGCUCCUCGUGCUUGGUUUGAGAAAUUCUCUGCUGUUAUUGGCUCUCUUGGUUUUCAAUCAAGUGCUCAUGAUCCUGCCUUGUUUGUUCGUUCUACCUCUGUUGGUCGUAUCCUUCUCCUCCUUUAUGUUGAUGACAUGAUUCUUACGGGUGAUGAUUUGGAUGGUAUCACCCAAUUAAAAUUGGCUUUACAUGAUCGAUUUGAGAUUAAGGAUUUAGGUCCCUUACAUUAUUUCCUUGGCAUUGAAGUUGCAUCUUCCCCUAAAGGUUAUCUCCUUUCUCAGUCUAAGUAUGCCACUGACGUUCUUCAAAAAGCUCGUAUUACAGAUACUAGAGUGGCUGAUAUGCCUCUUGAGCUCAAUGUGCAUUAUUCUCCAUCUGAUGGUACCCCUUUGGAUGAUCCUACUCUUUAUCGCACUAUUGUUGGGAGCUUGGUUUAUCUCACUAUUACUCGCCCUGAUAUUGCCUAUGCUGUUCAUAUUGUUAGUCAGUUUGUCUCUUCUCCCACUACUCUUCACUGGGCUGCUGUGAUUCGUAUUUUACGCUAUCUUCGAGGGACAUUGUUUCAAAGCUUAUUGCUUCCUUCCACCUCCACUUUGGAGCUUCGAGCCUUUUCUGAUGCUAGUUGGGCUAGCGAUCCUUUUGAUCGGAAAUCUACUACUGGUUAUUGCAUUUUUCUUGGUGAUUCUCUUAUCUCCUGGAAGAAUAUGGGUGUUUCUCUCUCUAUGCCUACUCCUAUGUAUUGUGAUAAUAAAAGUGCCAUUCAAAUUGCUCACAACUCUGUCUUUCAUGAGCGCACAAAGCACAUCGAGUUGGACUGUCACUUUGUUCGCCAUCAUUUCCAGCAAGGCACUAUCUCUCUUCCUUUUGUCUCCUCCACCAUGCAAUUGGCCGACUUCUUCACCAAGUCUCACACUCUUGCUCGCUUCCGCUUUCUUCUUAGCAAACUCUCGAUGCUUAAUACUGUAACAUCUGCAAUCUCUCUUACUUCUAAUCCGAUAUUUCAGUCCCACACUCGUCAUAAUGAGGUUGAUUAUCACUGUGUUCGGGAGAAAGUUAUUCACAAGGAGCUCGAGGUUGAUUACAUUUCCUCUAAGGAUCAGCUUGCUGAUCUUCUCACCAAGGUUCCACUCUUCGGUUUCGUUACUUACUCUCCAAGCUUCCCCUUUUUUGUCUCCCUCUCAGCUUGCGGGGCAUGA